CAACAAGGAAAAAAAAUGUCAGCAUCCCAUUUGUUUCAAAUGCAAAUCCAUGGAGAAAAGAGAAAUCAAAGUUAAUGGAUAUUCUAUCGAAAUCAAAUGAACAGAAAAUAAACCUUCUCCAAAAAGUGAGGGCAAAACAACAAAGGAGUUCUAACCAGAAGGCAGAAAGUAUUCUCAAAUCCAUCUCCUCUUGCAUAUUGCAUCAACUCCAUAUUGAAACGCUACAGGAAGAAGGCUCAGCAAAAGGAAUGAGUUCGACAGUUUUGAGCCCAGUGGUAGAGGAAGCAUCAAGCAAAGCAGAUAAUCCAGUGGAUCAACCUCCAUGCUCAGAAGGAGUUAAUCUGCCUAUUGGAGGAAGAAGAGUACAUCCACAGGAAAGUAUGUGCCAGGCUCUUCCAACACCUAUUUCUGAUUCUUUGAUGGCUACACUUCAGAUUAAAUUGCCAAGGGUAAAGAAAGCACUAAAGGAAGUAUGUGAUCUAACAUACCACACUCCAAACACAGAAGGACUGGGCUUGCCUGUUGCAGGAAAAGAAGGAGGGCAACCAGAAUGCACACAGCAUAUUUGUCCAAAUCUUACUUCUCACUCUUCAAGAACUGUGUUUCAAAGUAACAUGCCGUAUGAAAAGAAGGCAUUGGAAAAAGGAGUUAGCACUGUGGCUUACACUCCAAGUGCAGAAGGAAUUGGUUCGCCUGUUACUAGACAAGGAGAACAGCAAGAGAAAUGUACAUUUGAGGCCCUUCUAAAGUCUGCGUUUCACUCCCAAGCUUGUCUACUUCCAGUUACUACCCCAGUGCAGCAAGAAAAAUUAGAUGACCUGAGGAUGAUGCAUUUUGAAUAUUCAACUCCACAGACUAAGGAAGCAUUAAAAGGAAAGGACCUUAUUGUUGGCUAUCGUCAAAAAAGUGAAAAAAGACAAAGCUUACCUAGUAUAGAACACAAACAGCAGCACCUAUGGAUUCCCUCUGAGUAUCUUCUGGAGCAUACAUCUUACCCUCAAAAUGAUCCCUGGCCCCCAUCACAUUUGACACCUCCGACAAAGGAAGCAUUAUCAGAAAUGGGUAAUGUGUCAAGCGAGACAAGAGGAUUGCUCAAGCAAGACUUGAUUUCUGAAGAUCAGCUAAAUACAAGAUGUCAGUAUGGCCUGGAAUGGACUGUACCCUUGAUUCCUCCAAGGCAAAGAAAAAACCAAAACCUAAGGCUUCCUUUAGAAUCAUUUAGAAUCAGCACUGUAAAAAAUCAGAAUGUCUCAGUUCUGAAAGGAAAGAAGUCAUCGGGUGGGGAGCAGAUGUCGUUCGGAAUAAGCCCCAUGUUUGCAUCCCUUCUUCCCCUCACCUGGAACAACGAGGUCCCGGACUGA